CAUUUGCAUGGUCCCAACCGUUCAAAUAUAGUGUCUAUCUGUCUGUCAGGUUGAUGUUGACUCACAUCUAUUUAUUCCUUCCCAAUUUCCUCCUCCAUUUCCACAAACAACUUCUUUCAAGGAAAAUGGCUCUUCUUGGAUUUCUUCUGGGACUUUUCUACAUGAUCUCACAUGUCAAGGGGUAUGGUUUUGGAGGUUGGACCAAUGCACAUGCCACCUUCUAUGGAGGGGGUGAUGCUUCUGGGACAAUGGGUGGGGCUUGUGGUUAUGGAAAUCUGUAUAGCCAAGGUUAUGGAACUGAUACAACAGCACUGAGCACUGCACUGUUCAACAAUGGCUUAAGCUGUGGUGCAUGCUUUCAAAUUAAAUGUGCGAAUGACCCACAAUGGUGCCUUCCUGGCUCCAUCAUAGUCACUGCCACAAAUUUCUGUCCACCUGGUGGUUGGUGUGACCCUCCCAAUCACCACUUUGAUCUUUCUCAACCUGUUUUCCAGCACAUUGCUCAAUAUAGGGCUGGGAUUGUGCCUGUAGUUUACAGAAGGGUGAGGUGCAGGAGAAAAGGUGGAAUCAGGUUCACCAUCAAUGGCCACUCUUACUUCAAUUUAGUCCUUGUAACCAAUGUUGGAGGGGCUGGUGAUGUGCAUGCUGUGUCCAUCAAAGGUUCAAGAACUAGAUGGCAAGCCAUGUCAAGGAACUGGGGGCAAAACUGGCAAAGCAACUCCUACUUGAAUGGUCAGAGUCUUUCCUUUGUAGUCACCACCAGCAAUGGACACAGUGUGGUGUCAUACAAUGUUGCCCCAGCUGGUUGGUCCUUUGGGCAGACCUACACUGGGAGGCAGUUCAACUACUAACUAACCCUUAAUUAUCUUUUCAAUAAUGUUUUAGUAAUAUUAUAUCAUCUCAAGAUUACAAAUCAAAGAACCAAGCUAUAUAUAGUUGAGUAUUGUAGAUGGAUUAGUGUUGUGGGCUAGAUAGAAGAUGAUUUAGCCCCCUUUUAAUUAUAUAUAAAUAUAUUUAAUUUGAUUUAUAUGUAGCAAGCAUUUGCAUAUGAUGUGCUGGCUUAAUUUAUGCUAUGCCUCAGCAAAUGGGAUACUUGCUCUGUACGUUGAGAAAGAUAAAUUGUAGAAAAGAUUGUUGAACUGUUGAAUGUAAGCUCUUGUACUUUAGUUAUUGAUGAAUGAAUGAGUGAGAAAGGUGAUGCUUCAAUUGAGUAAUAAAAAAGUUGACCCUGACUUCACUUGCAUUCCUAAAAGUGCAGUGGACAAAAUGAGUGAUUCAGAUAGUUCCUCUGAUCUCUCGUGAACCUAAUGUAAUUCUUUAGGUUAAGUUUAAUUGAGCAAGUAAAGAACAAAAUUAUAUUGUUCAAUGUUCAUCAUUACCCCUUUCUCUUGCAUGUAUAAAGCCAUUCUGGCAGCUUUUGUACUUU